AUGGACAUAUACUCUCGCCAAAACAACGGACUGGCUACGGUCUCCGAGAACCACUACUAUCUCUGGAAGUAUGGACCGACAUCCGUCCUUACUAUCAUGGCAGCUGUAUGGGGACAGGUGGAGUAUUGCACCAAGCAGUUAAUGCCAUGGGUGGAGAUGAUGUCAUUUCUUCGUCUCAGUGGGAAUUUUGGGUACCACCCUGCUCCAGCUCUUGACCAUCUCCUCCACGGCACUUUUGAGCGUGGAAUACAGAAGUAUUGGGCGCCAGGUGGAUACAAUACUUCUCGACAGGCCAUGGUUCAUUAUCAAGUUCCGCUCCCGCACGGGACGACAGCAGACUUCGCCACGCAAAGCUUUACACUCCUUCCAAUAACGAACGAGACGGUAUCUGCCAACGACGACGUCUUCUCCGCCGAACCCCGGGAAUGCGAGCCACUCAGUUGGAAAGAUGCUGAUCCUACCCCGACCCUGAGCGUGGCGGGAAAUGGAACAACUUUUCACAACAUGAACAUUUCGUCGGGGACAUGCCAGCUACGACACUACCCCUUUCCAAUCACUGGUGAAGGAUGGACGGCGAGUGUUCGAAAGGUCGAAUGCUCAAAAUUUUCACCCACGGAGCCGGAUGCGCGAUUGCUUAUAUAUUUGAGCUCGUCCUACUAUGAAACAGCAAACGCCGGCACCGAAGAUCGACUCAGCGUUUCGGAUGCUACGCAGGAGCCGUUGCCCUUGGGGGUUAAUCCGGAAGCUAUAAUCGACAAUGUGGUCUCUUCCAUCGAGAGUGAUGAGACACGAGAAGCCAUAAACAGCCCUUUUGCAUCCAACAUAAGUACCUGGCUGAGUCUGGUGAACGAGACAAUGCCGCAACCGGAAGUUACAGCUUGGACCAACGAAACUCUGCUGAGCCUGGCAUCGCAAAACGUUUUUCGCUCCUUCCUUCCUCAAUGGGCCAAGAACGGGAAAACGACCCCCGACCAUCGUGCUGUUGCCGGAAAUGCCACCCAAGUACUCCCCCGCCUCUGUGUCCAGGCUCUCUCUCUGAGGUUGAUGGAGUGUUUCUGGAUACUCCUGUGCCUUGGCAGCUUCGCCCUUUGCUUUCUCGACCGCAUCUCUCUUCCAGAAUCGCCGGCAUGCCUUAUGUCACUUGCUCUGCUUCUUUCACGUAACCCUUCCCCGGCCCAAGUACUGGAAGGAAGUGGAAGGAUGGGAGAAAAGACACUGGCCCACAAAUUGAGAGGGCUAAAGUUCUGGUGUACACCUACAAAUCAACGGAACAGGGAUCUCUCCAUCCAUGUUGAGCGGCCCGAGGGAAGUCAACCAGGAAAUCAUCACGCGGAGCCGGGGCACCACACAAGCGCAGUCAACGAACAAUCAGGAGCCAGUGAUGGAUUGAAGCUGUGGCAACCGGCUUCAGACCAUCUGGCGUACCGAAUCCUGGUGAUCACCGUUCCCAUGCUACUCGUAACCAGUCUCGAAACAAUUUACCAGAUAUCCUUAGCCCACGACGGCAUUGCGGAUGUUUCUCUCGAUGGGUAUACUAAGUACACCUGGGUCUUUGUUCCUUCAGCCACGAUGGUUAUAGUCGGAUUGCUUUUCGGUGCCCUGCACAGCACAGCGAGACUUCUUGCCGUGUUCCAGGAGAUGAGAAAACGCGGAGUAGGCGUCUCCGCCAUGGAGUUUGAUCCAUUUGCCAACAUCACGCUCCUGGGUUUCUGUAUUACUCUUCGAAAAGGAAACUGGCCUCUUUCGGCAGCGAUGCUCACUUCCCUCCUGGCACCAUUGCUUACCAUCGUUACAAGUAGCCUCUACACGCCCGUAGAAGUUCCAUCAACUCAAAACAUGACUCUGACAAUCCAAGACUGGUUCGACAUCCGAAACAUGGGCAAAACCUGGUGGGACAGCACAAACAGGGGCAUGGGUCUCCACAUGAGCAUAUCCGACCUCGUUUUCUUUGCCAAUACGUCCUUCCCGCAAUGGACGUACAGCGAAGCCGUCUUCCCCCAUCUCACCCUCACCGAAAAGAACAACGGAAUACCAUUUCCAGCGGAGCAGCGGCAAGAGCUGCACUCCCGCAUCCCCGGGAUUCGCGCCAACAUGAACUGCACCCUCAGCCACAUGCACCGCAAUGGCCACUUCAAGACUGCCAGCACCAGCAGAUCCUUGUUCCACGGUGAUGGAGCGCUAAUCAUCCCAGUCGCCAUCCCCUCCGGCUGUAACAGAAGCCUCCUCUUCACGCCUUUAGACGGCAAGGAUGAUGCCGCCGCCGUUAAUUUCGUCUUCGACCCCCCAGCCGACGGCACCUCCUUCUUUUUCGCCGACCAGGUUGACCAGCUCGUCGACUUGCCCCUCAGCGAUGCGGUCAACGCCUGCGGCGACAACCGCCCGCACCUCUGGUUCGCCGUCGGCCACCAAACAGCCAACACUACGGACGACCUCGCGCUGCUGCACUGCGCCCCCUAUAUCGAGGCGCUUGCUUACACAGCCAUCUUUGCCACACAGAACUUCGAAAUCAACACGACAGCACCGCCCAUCCCCGAUGAGUCGACCGCGCGCCCACUGCUUCUCGACCAUAACAACAUCACCACCGCGCCAUUCUCCUACGCAGUAACCCUACCGCUCGUCGGUGCAGGAUCGGCUCUCCGCGCGAAGAACAUCACCGUGCCGCCAGGGAUCAGCCCCUUCUUCGCCGCGCUCGUCUAUGGUGCUGAGGGCACGCCCAUCGAGGACUUGGUGGGAGAGGACAACGUGCCAAGGCUAAUUGAUCGCAUGCAGCAUCUAUAUAGGCAGCUCGUGGCGCAGGUGCUGCACGCGGAGGCUGGUGCAAAGUGGUGUGGCGACGCGGUUGCUGGAGGUGUUGCUCCUACAUAUGGCGGUGGCCGCGGCGGUGAGUUGCUGGAUGGGUGGGAGUGCGAGGGUAUUGCCGGCGGAUCCCGGGAGUUUGGCGGUGAGGUUGGCGGCUUUGGAGGGUAG